GGAGAGGAUUCAAAACCGCCUUCAGAGAUCGGUUCCUGUGCUCGAAGUAUGGAGGAUGUUAACGGCAGCAAGAAGGAUUUAUCAGCGUCUGCAGUAGUGCCUGUAAAUGGUCACGUGGACCUGAAGACGAGCCUCACUCCGCCUGUUAUCACCCACACGGCUGCCACCCCCAUGGCGGUGCUGAAGUUACCCGUCGGAGGAGACCCCAUCCUGGGCUUCGAGUCCCGAAGAGGCAGCAACGUCUCCAUGGAGCCGGCCUGCUACGACAAAUCACCGACCAGCUCCUCCUCUCCGGCGCCCAUUGGUUGGACGAGCCGUCGCUCCAGCUGGAACAGUUUGAGUCGAGCCCCGUCUCUCAAGAAGAAGCAGCAGCAGUCUGGAGAGCGACGGUCCCUCCUUUCUGGGGAGGGGGGGUCCAGCUCUGAGGAAGGAGAAGGUGGAGGAGGAGGACGUGGUUUGAUGGAAGAAGACAACGCCUCUCUGGUCAGGACCGACUCCAUGUCUCAGAAAGCGCCUCGACACCGGAGGAUGGAGUCGUUGGAGACCAGGAGCUCCAUGGAGUUGCCUCCUGAUGUCCUGCUGCAGGUGCCGAAUCUGCACCGCUCAGCCAGCAUGCUCAGCUCCAGACCCCCCUCUCUGGGUCACCUCCGGAACCCAGAACACAGCGACUGCAACGGGAAGGGCUCUCCUGCAUCAUUGGGUCCCACACAUGUCUCUCUGGAGGACAACACUGAGGACGAGAACGCAGAGGAAGAAGCUAACCUGAGUCUUGUUUCCAGACUGUUCCUCUGGCUGGAGAAGAAGCAGCCUGAUUGGUGCAGACAGAGAGACACCUGGUCAAUGUACCUGUUCCCUCCAGAGUCCAGGUUUCGGAUAGUUUGCACUAGGAUCAUCACCCACAAGAUGUUCGACCACAUCGUGUUGCUCAUCAUCUUCCUCAACUGCAUCACCAUCGCCAUGGAGAGGCCCUACAUCUCCACGGUUGAGAGGAUCUUCCUCAAACUGACCAACUACAUCUUCACCGCCAUCUUCGUGGCAGAGAUGUUCAUAAAGAUCGUGUCUCUGGGUUGGUGCUUCGGGGACAAGUCGUACCUGAGGAGCAGCUGGAACCUUCUGGACGGGAUGCUGGUGAUGAUCUCCGUCAUCGACAUCCUCGUCUCUCUCCUCUCAAACUCCGGCACCAAGAUCCUCGGCAUGCUGAGAGUGCUGCGGCUCCUCAGGACCCUCAGACCCCUACGAGUGAUCAGCAGGGCUCCGGGGCUGAAACUCGUGGUGGAGACUCUGAUGUCGUCGCUGAAGCCGAUCGGGAACAUCGUGGUGAUCUGCUGCGCCUUCUUCAUCAUCUUCGGCAUCCUGGGAGUGCAGCUCUUCAAGGGGAAGUUCUUCAUUUGUCAAGGAGAAGAUAUCGGAAACGUCACCAACAAGUCGGACUGUUUGCAGGCCAACAAGAAGUGGGUCAGACACAAGUACAACUUCGACAACCUUGGACAGGCCUUGAUGUCUCUGUUUGUUCUGGCGUCCAAAGACGGCUGGGUGGACAUCAUGUAUUACGGACUGGACGCUGUAGGAGUUGACCAACAGCCGGUCAUGAACUACAACCCGUGGAUGCUGCUGUACUUCAUCUCCUUCCUGCUGAUCGUGGCCUUCUUCGUGCUGAACAUGUUCGUGGGCGUCGUGGUGGAGAACUUCCACAAGUGCCGGCGCCACCAAGAGGCCGAGGAGGCCAAGCGCAGGGAGGAGAAGAGACUGAAACGCAUGGAGAAAAAGAGACGGAAUUUAUUGGUUCCGGGUUGGGCCCUCUCUGGAGGCACAUUGAAAGAAGCUCAGAGUAAGCCUUACUACUCAGAUUACUCCCCCACUCGCCUGCUCAUCCACAAGCUGUGUACCAGCACCUACCUGGACCUCUUCAUCAGCAUCAUCAUCGGCCUGAACGUCAUCACCAUGUCUAUGGAGCACUACCAGCAGCCCAAGGAGUUGGAGCAGGCGCUGACGAUCUGUAACUACAUCUUCACCCUCAUCUUCGUUCUGGAAGCCGUCUUCAAGCUGGUGGCGUUUGGGUUCAGACGCUUCUUUAAAGACAAGUGGAACCAGCUGGAUCUGGCCAUCGUGCUGCUGUCCAUCAUGGGCAUCACUCUGGAGGAGAUCGAUGGAAACACUCUGCCCAUCAACCCGACCAUCAUCCGCAUCAUGAGGGUGCUGAGGAUCGCACGAG